GUCUUUGGGUCUUUAGCUCGGUGAAGACGCGGAGUCUGGGGGGAGCCAGGCUUUUUUCGUUUCCCGGUUGCUUGGCUAGUGCUUCGACUUUAAUCGUAAUUUACACCUUGGUGAUUUUCGUUUAUUUAUGCCCCUCUUCUAACCGACGUUACAAAGAAACGCAUAUCUCGAACCACUUUCACAUCAUCCCAACACACACACAGCAGCAGCAGCAAUCUUACUCAAAUGUCUCAACCAUACGGCGCAAUCACCAACGGUGAGAGCAGAGCUGAAAACGGCAUCGCCGCGCAGAGCGAUGAGACGCAGGCUCUACUUGCUCCAAAACCAGGAUCUAGAUCUUGGUUGCGGAAGAGAUUAAGUUCUGAUGUCCGCCGAGAUUGGGCUGAUGUUAUGCUUUUGGCGUGCUACAUCAUAACAGGCAUUCUCGACAGUGCUUCCAUAUCAACAUGGGGUGCCUUCGUAUCUAUGCAGACCGGAAAUACUGUUUAUCUUGGUCUUGGACCUACGGCUGGGACUAAUCGUUGGAAAAAGUCUGGAUCUUCGAUUCUGGCUUUUUGUAUCGGUUCAUUCUUUUUUAGUCGUCUGCACAGGGUAUUUACACCUACGCCUAGACGAAAAUGGGUAUUUUGCUUGUCUUUUGGUAUUCAGACAGUUUUCAUCGUUGCAGCUGCUUGUAUCGUUACCUGGGGACCUAGAGGUGCAGGUCCAGAUGAUACACCCUGGUAUGUCAUUGUACCAAUCGCUCUCGUGGCGUUUCAAAGUUGCGGACAAGCUGUUGCGAGUCGUGCACUCAAGUUCAACGCUUUGACCAGUGUUGUUCUCACGAGCAUCUACUGCGACUUGUUCUCCGACGCGGAACUAUUUGAGAGCAUUUUUGUCAAUGCGGAGAGAAACAGGCGUGUUGCAGCACCAGUCCUGCUCCUCAUCGGCGCUAUAAUUGGAGGACUCCUUGCGAAGAGCGAGCUGGGGACUUCUGGUGCGCUGUGGGUAGCCGCUGCGCUCAAGAUCAUUGUUAUGUUUGGUUGGGCGGCGUGGCCUGCAGAAGAGGGGUCUUGAACGAGUUAUCGGUCCUACUUGUCUGAUUCGACAAUCGCUGUUUGACAGGGUCCUAUCUUUGGAGUCUAGAACUUUUAGUAUUACACCAGGUCAGUUUAGGAAGCUCUGAAAUUACAAAGCUGGUGCACGGUAUACGCCACGUUCUGAC